AUGGCUGCUCAUGCGGAUAAGCCUCAUGCUUACCUAGCUAUGCUUGCUUUGCUAGUCGGACAGCCGGUAAAAGAUCUUCGAUUUUGUGAAAGCUUCAAUGUGGAUCAGAUUUGGACGCAUGUUUUUGGAUUGUCUCUGAACAGCUCUGUUUAUGAGGCCAUAAGAUCAUCCGAAUUCUGCUACGAUGCACUAAUCCCUCUUCUAGCUAUGGUUAGGGCCUGCAUUUUUUCUGGAAAUGAUGCGCUACAAGGAUGGCAUGUUGAUUAUCCCUCUGCAGUCAUACAGAUGAUCACCUUUUUGUACCAGAACUCGCCGAAUUUCUUUUCUAUAGCCCAUUCAGAGGAAUUCGUGCUCGCAAUGUUUUCAUCCCUCAUCCAGGACACCAAUGCUAUGGGAAUGCGAUCUGAGGCAGCUGAUAGAAACUUAGUGGGCACUCCAGAUCCAGAGAAAGUGCAAGCUGGUAUGUAACG